GAUAAAUUUGUUGUUUCUUUCCCUUCAGAACUGAAUACCUCCUCCAGGGUCUUCCAAUACGAUCUGAAACCAGACAUACCAAAAACCGAAGGCCGCAAGCUGUUUUUUGACACUCACGCAGUUGUGCGACUCCUCGAGGAAAACGGAUUCAGCACUCAGCAAGCUGAAGUGUUGGUUAAAGUGCUGAUCGGGACAACAAACUCUAACAUGGAUUUGGUUUAUACUGACAUGGUGACCAAAGUGCAACAGGAAAUCAUGUUGCAGCAAGUAAUGUCUAAAAUAGCAGCUGUAAAAAAGGACAUGAUUAUCCUUGAGAAGAGCGAGUUCUCCACUCUUCUCACAGAAAAUGAGAAACUCAAGAUCCAGUUAUUACAGCUCAAAGUCCAACUGGCUGAUGUGAUGAACAAAGUACGCUCGGAUAAUAUUUUGGACCUGAAUUUGGAGAAAAGCCGCGCAAAAGAGCUGAAAGCACAUGAUAAGAAGCUUCUGGAAACAAGAACUGAAAUUCUGGAAAUGACAGUAGAGCAGGAUCGCCAUCUAACCCAAACAAACAUGAAAAUAGACACUGAAGUAGCUGGUCUGAAAACCAUGCUGGAGUCUCAUAAACUGGAUACCAUCAAAUAUCUUGCUGGUUCGGUGUUCACCUGUCUCACUGUGGUUUUGGGUUUUUAUCGCAUUUGGAUGUGAGAGAAGGUUAAUGACGAAAACUGUCGACUGCAACGAUGCAGUCGACAGUGAAGCCAAGGAACCUGCCAGCUGAAGAGCAGCUAUUUCAUGACGAAUCUCAAUUAUGUUGUUUCAUUCCCAUUAUUUUAUUUUUUUUUAAUUUAUGGACAAUCCAAACUCUUCUGGUGUCUAAACAAAAAAAAACAGUUCUUAUUUUUCCGCUUUUUCUUUCAUUAAUACUUUACAUUUUCUCUACCUGUUAAAACCAGAUGUGCGUUACUACAAUGGUUUUAAGUUUCUCUAAGGUGAUGGAUGCAUUUAACAACACUUAUUUCCUACCAGUAUUUAUUCAUAAUGACGGCUUGUUUCCUCUGCAAACUCAAGAUGUCAAAAAGAACUCAAAUGAUGUUGUGAUGCACUGAAAGUUGUUCUGGUAAAAAUAAAAAAAAUGUCCAUGUACCUGUAAUUGAAUAUUGAUGAACUCUUAGUAACAUAAUUAUUUUGUUUUAGUAAAUCUUAUCUGGUAAUCAGUAAAACCUUUUGAUGAAAAUAAAUGUAUUGUAGGUGCAUAUUAGUUAUUCUGCUGGUAGCAAUUUUAUUUUUAUUUUAUCUUUUACAUAUUUUCAACAAAGCCAAUUCAGUACUGGUAUCUCUUUUAAUCGAAGCAUUUUUAAAAUGUAAACAUAUUUUUGUACCCUGUAAAUGUUUUUAUGCAUAGCACGCUGUACAUGUUAUAUUACUAAAGUCUGUUGAAUUAAUUUUCAGAUCAUAUUUAUUUAAUUAAAAUAAAGUUGUAAUUGACCGACAUUA